CGCAACAUGCACCGUCAUCUCCUGCGACUCGCAAUUCGCCUUGACGACCUUUGCGCACCCUUUUCACUUUUUUUGCCGCUGGCAACAUCCAUCCCUCGCAGACCCAGCAGGACUCCCCUUCGACUGGCUCGCUGGUAUAUGAGACGCUUCACCUGGGCGCAGAUCGAGGCUUGUGUGCAUGCAGCAUCUCCGCGCCUAGACGGAGCUGCAGCGCGAGGAAGCCAUUGGGUAUGAAGUUGUGUGCGGCGCUCAUUUCAAGGUAGCACGCACGGCAUACUCUACCAUCUCGAUUCGCGCUCCACGCUCCACGCUCCACGCUCCACGCUCCACGCUCCACGCUCCACGCUCCACGCUCCACGCUCGAAGAGCCCCGCUUGCGCGUUGCAGAAGAGAUGGGCAAUACGACGAGCUCGAGUGGAGCGGUUGGGUCGCGCUUGCCUCCCAAUGUGGGACUGGGCAAUCUGAUACAGGAAGCGGAUGGGGAGCUGCAGUACGAUCAGAGUAUGGGCUCUUCGCGCUUCUUGAGAGCAGCUCGAGCGAAGCAUAGACAUGGUCAAGUGGUGGUCAAAGCGUACCUCAAGCCGGAUGCUUCCAUGUCUCUCAGACCAAUGAUGCAGCUCCUCAAAAUCGAGAGGGAAGCGCUGGCAGAUGUGCCUCACGUGCUGACCUAUCAAAAGGUGGCGGAGACGAGCACAGCGGGAUACGUGCUGCGUCAGUGGCUGGCGCACAAUCUCUACGAUCGUAUCAGCACGCGGCCAUUCUUGACGACGAUUGAGAAAAAGUGGAUCACCUAUCAGCUGCUGGUCGCCCUGCGAGAUGUGCACGCUAGAAAGAUGUCUCACGGCGAUCUCAAGUGCGAGAACAUCCUCAUCACGUCCUCCCUCAACGUCUACGUCACCGAUUUCUCGUCCUCUUUCAAGCCAUGCUACCUACCACUCCAUGACCCGGCAGAUUUCAACUAUUUCUUUGGCACCUCGGGCCGUCGAACAUGCUACGUCGCACCGGAGCGAUUCUACAAGGAGACAGAGCGACUGCCGCCAAGCAGCGAAUCUACAGCACCCGCACGAGAGGGCCGAUUGGGGCACUCGAGCGCAAAGGAGAGCCGUCAAGAUGCGCAGGGCGCCGUGACGGAGGUCAGCCUCGAGCGCUUUACGGGCGUAACGGAGCAGAUGGAUGUUUUCUCCAUGGGCUGCGUUCUUGCAGAGUUGUGGAGGGAUGGAUCUCCGACGUUCACCCUCACCCAGCUCUUCAAGUAUCGCGAAAAGCAAUACGACGUUGAGCAAGCGCUAUCGGAGGUACAGGACGCGGACAUUCGGACUCUGAUACGCUGCAUGGUUCAGCUUUCGCCCUCUUCCCGCGGCUCAUUUGAUGACGCACUGCGUCGAGCUAGAGGCAACGCGCUGCCAGAAAUUUUCUACUCCUUCAUGGGGCCAUAUUUGACCGAGCUUCAGAAGCUCUCGGGUCGCGCUACCUCUGUUCGUCAGGAUGCUGCUAGUAGUGCAGCAGCAGCAAUGAGCGCACCGCUGGCACCACCCUCCAAGGCCAACACGCCAACACAAAGCGCUGCUGCGUCUACUUCAGGCAAGCCAGAAGGUCUGCCUGGGAAUGCCUCUUUACAAGUAAGAGCGGAAUCAGACGAACGCAUCGAGCGAUUGUUCGAAGAGUGGUCGGAAAUAGUCCAUCAUCUGGACGGAGGCCGACGUCCAAUCAUGGCAGGCGCAGUCAGUGACGACCCUUUUGGCGAUGCCGACGUCGAAGCCACAUACAAUGCGAACAAGAAUGCCAGAAGCAGGCAAGCGGCCGAACGCGUGCUUCCCAUCCAGCUCAAUAUCCCAGGUCUUGCACCUCAAGCGCUCAGCAGGCGCACGCAUUCGGCGACUACAGACGGACCAGCGUUGUUGAUCCUGACGCCUCUGUUGGCGUCUCUGCGAAGUGCAGUCAGGCCUUCUAGCAAGACGCGAGCAUUGGAGCUUCUUCUCCAUCUCUCGUCCGGCUGGCUGACGGAAGAAGUCAAAUUGGACCGCGUUUUGCCGUACAUGAUUGCGCUCUUGAAAGACGUUGAGAGUGUCCGCGCCUCUGCUGUGCGAGCCAUCGCGCAACUCCUCUUGUUGAUCGACAAGCUGACGCCGGCCAACACGAUCGUCUUUCAAGAGUACCUCAUGCCAAAUCUGCGACGUUUGGCCACAGACGCCUCGCCAAUGGUGCGGACGUUGUACGCAUCGUGCAUUGCCAAGUUGUGCGAAAGCGGGGAGCGCUUCCUGCAAUUAGCACAGGCACUUCGCCUGGAUGGUGACCACGCCUACGAAGAAUUUGGCGGGGAUGCAGCAUGUGAAGACCAAAGUUCGAGCCAAUCGACUUUGGAUCCGCAAGCCGAGGAAGGCAAUUACGACGCGCAGUUGAAUGGCUUGCGAGCCUUCUUCCAAGAGCAAGUCACUACGCUGCUCACUGACACUUCUAUCUCUGUCAAGAGGGCACUUUUGGCCAACAUCGCUCCUCUUUGCUCCUUCUUUGGCACGACCUCGACCAAUGACGUUUUCUUGAGCCACAUGAUCACCUAUCUCAACGACAGAUCGUGGGCAUUGCGGUGUUCCUUCUUCGACGCGAUCGUCGGCGUGGCUCAUGUGGUUGGCCAAGCUAGCUUUGAGGAGUAUAUCCUGCCUCUGAUGCUUCAAGCCUUGUCCGACCCUGAGGAAGCCGUCGUGCUGCAAGUCUUCGAUAGCCUUAUCGAGCUAUUCGGAGCAGAUUCCUCGACGACGACCAACCUCGUGCGUUCUACCGGCGCCACUCGAGAUAUCCAGCAAGCAGAGCACUCGCUGCCCUACCGAGGGCAAGUCGUCUCUCGAGCAAAGCUGUCGGACGUAGUGGGCUGUACAGUGGGAUUUCUGUGUCACCCUAAUUACUGGCUGCGACUGCGAGCCGCGACGCUUCUGGAGCUCACGUGCGCAAAUUCGUCGACGACAGAUGUGUGGGCUCUCAUAUAUCCGCAAAUUCGGCCGUUGUUGCGAGCGGACCUUGCCUGCACCACAGAGUUGGAGCUGCUGCAAUUCGUCAAGACGCCGCUCAGCCGACCUGUCCUCAGCGCAGCCACAAUGUGGGCUGCACGAGUUGGCAAAACGAGCUUCUGGAAGCCGACGGCGGAUUCGCACAAAAAUGGACUUGCUCGGGAAGGCAUUAGCCUAAUUGCUCAAAAGAAGGGGAAGCAUGUUUGGAAAACUGCUUUGCCACGAAGCGAGGAGGACGACGGUUACUUGGACAAGCUCCGCGCGGCUGGGCUGGCACCUGACGACGAGAUCAAGCUGGUAGCCCUGCGCGACUACAUAUGGAAGCUGGCAAGACAGUCGAGCUCUAGGCAAUCCGUUUCCACUGCCACCUCAGGGGAUGAUGGCACCUCUAAGCCAUUGAUUCGCCAGGGCGCUCAAGGCGUGCAGAGCAUCGAAGGUGUAACACCCCUCACUAUUCUCUUCAGUUCUCGCGGCGCUGGAAAGGGCAACGCCGGAACUGGCAAGCUCGAUACGCAGUCCGUCGGUCAAGGGUCCGGUCGAUCGAUGGCACAAGAUUCCUUCUCGAAUCAGAUCGCUCGGAGACGACUGGCAGGCAGUCGCGUUCCGAGUGAGAUGGGUACGCCCUUGGGGCCGCUCGCUGAGCUGAAGAAGAAGUCCAAGGCAGCUGACGAUGCGUCGGAAGCUGCUGAUCUGCUGAGUCGCCGGCAACAAGAGCCUUCACAGGCGAGCCUACCCUCCACGCUGCAAGCCAGUGCGAUGCACGUCAGCCCUCCAUCGUCCGCAUCUGCGGCCCAAGGCGGACUGGGCAUCGGCAAGGCUGCUCCGGCAGUGGGUGCUUCCGCAGCGUUAGCCACCGGCACCAUGUCUGACCUUGCCAUGCGACUGCAAGGGCUCGAUCAGGGCAAAGCAGGAGCCGAGGCGAAUGAAGCUGCCGCCUUCUCUUCCAAUUAUGCGGGUGAUGACCCAUACAUCAAAGCGCAUCUAGAAGCAGCGUACUUUGCCAACUUUCGUGACAGACCGUCCAUCUGGGGUCCUAAUGUUCCGGCAGGCUUUGGUCCUUCAUCACGCCGCCGUGGCAUGCGCGCAGCUUCUGCAACUUCGCGCACUACAAGCUCGGGCGGUAGCAACAGGCGACCGGAGGGGAGCUUAGUGGCCUACUUUACCGAGCACACCGCCUCCGUCAGCGGCAUCGUUGUUUCUCCAGACCAAGCCUUUUUUGUCUCUGGCUCGAUGGAUGGCACUCUCAAAGUGUGGGAUACUGCUCGCUUGGAGAAGAACGUCACUUCGCACUCUCGCGCGACCUAUUCUGCACAGAGCGGCGGAGUCACAGCACUGACGAUACUCGAGGGCACACACUGCGUCGCUAGCGCAUCGAUGGAUGGAAGCGUGCACAUUGUGCGAGUCGACGUCAACGCUGCCUCUUCUUUGCCAAAGUACGGGAAAUUGCGACUUGUCUCGAAUUUCCAACUUUCUCGACCUGGUGAACAUGCGCUAUGUCUUUUACAGAGCUCAGUGACUAGUGCGGUCAGCUCGUCGCAUACGGCAGAGACUGGAAUCGCUACGCUCAUCCUGGGUACCAGCGCUUCGAAAAUCACCAUUCUCGAUCUCCGCACAAUGCAAGUUCUUCAGACGCUGAGCAAUCCUUCGCACUUCGGCCCCAUCACUUGCAUGUGCUCGGACAAAAGAAACAUAUGGUUGCUUGUUGGCACACUCGGCGGGGUACUGGCGCUGUGGGACCUUCGAUUUUCCUUGCUACUCAAGAGCUGGAGAAUUGGGGUUCCAGAGGGCACAGAAGCAGCCAAACGCCUGGAUCAUCAACGAGCGGCAGUCGUGCGCAUCAAUCGUGUCAUUCCCCACCCAAGCAAAGGUAGGGGCCGGCUCGUGCUGGUUGCGUUCGAGAGGAUAGGCGACCAUUCAGCUGGGCGGGCAGCCGCGCAAGGAUACUCGAUUGCAGAUAUCGGAACGCCGGAGGCCGCUGCUGCGACUGCGGAUCCGAUGGUGGAGAUUUGGGACAUUGACAAGUGCCAGAAGGUGGAGAGCUUUGAUGUGACGAGCGAUCGCAAACCAGGUAACGGACAGCGCAGCCAAGCCUCAACAAGUUCGGAAGAAGCUCAGCAGCGAUCACUGCGGCAUGUGCGAGGGGGCAGUGCGGACGGGACAGAGGCAAAAGGAGCACAGUCCCUCACACCGUUGCAAAGCGCAGCAAGCGGCCCUCACGCUGGCGGUCUAGGCAGCGCCGCUCAAGCCAUCGAACGCUUCGUGAAGUUGCAGGAAGCAUCGCUCGAAGCGCGAACGACCGCGCCUUCCCAACUGGAUGCGGAGGCCACCUCUGCGCACGCGGAGGUCGCAGCAGCGUCUUUGCAAGACGUUGCCACGCAGGUCCCCAGCGCCAAGGCUCUCUACGUCUCGUUGGAAGGCUACACUUCUAGCGCGCCCGCCUCGCACGUGCCUGGCGGGUGGGUCGAUGCGGGUAAACUGGCCAGCGACGAAGCGCAAACGAAUGAGUACAGCGGCCCAACGGGCACAGCGCAACGCGAAGGUCCGGCGGGCUACAUGCUGAGCGGUGGUGCUGAUCGGACUUUGCGAUUUUGGGAUCUUGGAAGAGUGGAGAAGAGCGUUUCCUUUGCCAGUGGAGAAGAGCGCGGAGAAUUUUGGUCGCACACCAGCACGUCCGAUGGCGCGCCAGUGACUCUACACAUCCACACACUCCCGCAAUCGCAGCACAAGCAGAGAACAAAUUCGAGCGGAGGCGGCGGAAGCCAUUCGAGCGCAGCUGCUCAGAAAUCCACUGCACCUGCCCGUUCGCCUCUACUGACGCACCAGCAGACGGAAGCUCAGAGUCUCAUGAGGGCUCACAAAGACGCUAUCACUGCUUUGAACGUCAUCGAGUCGCCAUUCCGAUGCGUCGUCGCGGGAGAUGCGAGCGGAACGAUCCGAGUGUGGGAGUAGACGCUGUGGACUUUGCCAUGGACCAGACCCCUUGCGUUUCCACUGAUGCGUACACUCCUGCCCAUGCACAUAUAAUACUACACGUUCCUUUUGCGCUUCUGAUCACAUCUCGUUGACACGCCUGCUGUUCCUGCGUCCUCGCAAGCGCGUUUCUCUAAGCCCUCUCGAUUCACCACACUUUCGUCACCAUGGCUCAUGCUGCACCGGCUCCGUGUUCGAAUGACACACAUAUCG